GCCCCGCCCCUCGCACGAGACCUUUUUAAAAAAGCGCGGGCCCGCCUUGCGCAGGCGCACUGCCGCUUGAACCUUAGCCGCGCAUGCGCAGUGGUGGUAGGAUGGCGGAGGUGGUCUCGUUUGCAGUUCCCAGCGAAAGCGACAAAACCUUGCUGGUGUGGGAGCUGAGUUCUGGGCCCACGGCCGAGGCUUUGCAUCAUUCUCUGUUCACAGUAUUCUCCCAGUUGGACCUUCUGUAUUCGCUCCGAGUCUUCCCAAACGCUGCAGUGGCCCGUCCUGGUUUCUAUGGCAUCAUCAAGUUUUAUUCUGCAAGGGAUGCUCACAGAGCUCAAAUGGCAUGCCACGAGAAGCAUCUUUUUCAGAAGUCUCCAGUGCAGGUUCGUCUGGGCACCAAACAUAAAGCAGAUCAACAUCAGGCCCUUGCCCUAAAUAGCUCCCAGUGCCAAGAAUUGGCAAAUUAUUACUUUGGUUUCAAUGGAUGGUCAAAAAGGAUCAUCAAGCUUCAGGACCUUUCUGACCUCGAAGAAAGAGAAAAUGAAGAUGCUACGGUACCACUUGAGAAGCAGAGCCUGAAAUUCUUCUGUGCUUUAGAGGUGGUGUUGCCGUCCUAUGAGUGCAGGAGUCCUAGAGUUGGCAUGGCCGAGGAGCCUUUGGAGAAGCUGGAAGAAGGGCCAUUAUCAGUUCUGAUGAAAAGGAAAACAACCCAGAAGCUUGCUAUUCAGAAGGCUGUGUCAGAUGCAUUCCAGAAACUGUUGAUUGUGGUUUUAGAAAGUGGUAAAAUAGCUGUGGAAUAUAGACCCUGUGAAGAGAUUACAGAUGCCAGAACCAAAGAGGAGCUCCAGGAUUUAAUUCAAGUCAGCUACUUUUCUUGGAAGCAGGAUGGCCGAGGGGAGGAAGAAUGUCUCUCGGAUUUAAGCUUUGAAGAGGCCGAGUUCAAACCGCCAGAAUUGGACUAGCGUUUUUUAAUUUCCCGGGAUGCCGGGUCCUGUGGCGUCCUUGGGAAACUGCCCCCUGCCCCCUUCCACCCCAGAGCUGCUGGAGUCCGGGGCCAUCCUGCCUCGCUGUGAGCCCCAGGAGGUGGUUGUGCCCUUCGUAGGGGGAAGGGAGGCUUGGGCCCUGGUGAUUCUGGAAAAGGGGCUUGCUCCGAGGGGCGCGGUGCCCCUCGGCGCUGAGCUAAUAAAGGUAGCGUAAUAAAGGGUGGAAUGUAGGCGGGGGAGGGGCGUGCAGUUCUUAAUGGUGCGCCCGUCACGGGGCUGCCAUAACGGUUCGGCUCCCAUUCGGCGGGUGCUGAUUCAUUAGUAUGGGUCGCUGCGCCCCAGAGCAUCCGGGUGUCAUGUCCUGGCUGCGCCUCUGGGCCCCACUGCUGCUGAGCACGUGGCAAUUAUUGUGGCUGAUGGUGCAGGCAGCUCAGCCUCCGGAGUGGGCCCUGGACCAUGCCCAGCUGACCGCCGACCUCCUGGGGCCCACCGAGCCCUGGUCUUCACAGUCCUCUCAAUUCCCGCCCGAAUCGCUCCAGGCACUUACACCCCCAGGAGAGGGGUCCUCUGCUCCAGCCCGAUUGUCUCUGCCUAAGGAGUUGACUGAGACUUUGGUUCCAUUCCCGGACACGGAUUCAGUUGGUAAGCUGCCCCCAGAGGCAGAUCAGGAUCUGACUGACAGGCUAACUCGGCUGGAAAGACUCCCAGAGGUGGUUCCAAGGCUAGGUUGGGAUCAGAAUCAGACCAUAGCUCCGCCUCCUCGACUCCAAAGUACGAUUAAAACUGUAGGUCUAGAUCAGGCUGAAGAUCACCAGUCAUUUGAAAUACUUGUUCCACCUCUGGAUAGUCACAGUUCAAAGCCAACGAAGUUUAUUGUUUCACCCCCAAACCUGGAGAAAGAUCUAGCUCAGCAUCAAAGGCUUGCCAAAGUUGUUGGAACUCCAAACCAAUUUGCAAAUAAAGACCACCUACAACAACAGUUGCAGGAUGGUUAUUCAGAUUCCAGUAUGGAUAUCCUAUAUCCUGAGGUGAAUGUACCAAUGGAUUUCCCAGGGGGAUCAGAUCAACCUCCAAAGCUCCCUGAGGAGGUUGAAAUUCCUCCACUCCUGCAGGAGACCCCAAAUCAUUUAGAGUUGCCUGAGGAAGCUGAAUCUUUUUGGCCUCAGGUGGAGGCCCAGGCCCAACAUUCAGACCCCCCUGAGGAGAUAGAAACAUCUCCAAUUCAGCAGGGGGCUCCAUCUCCGCCUCCAGAGAUCCUUAAGGAAGGUGUAAACCCACAGGAGGCCCUGGCUGAGCCUUCAAGUACCCCUGAAGAAAUCAAACUUUCUUUACUAGAACAGAAAGCCUCAGCUCAACCCACAGAGGCCGCUGAGGAAGUAGAACGUUCGAUCCCUCAGGAGUCCCCAGCUCAACCUCCAGAGCCAUCUAAGGAGAUGGUACCUCAACCAAUAGCACAUGAGGUGAAUGUGCCAUCUUUAAGUAAGAAUGAAGCUCAGUGGCCAAACUUCUCCAACGUCACUGUUAAACCUGUGGAUCUGGUACUUACUUUAACUCUAACUCAGCCUCCAGAGCGCACCGAGGAGGCUCAGGCUUCUCCAAUCCAGCAGGAGGCCCCAGCUCAGCCUGUAGAGCGCCCCGAGGAGGCUGGGUCCACCCAAGUCCAGCUGGAGGUGCCGGCUCGGCCAGCAGAGCACCCCGAGGAGGCUGG